CCCACAAGUAGAACAUGAGAGAGAAAGAGAGAUAAAGAAAGAGAGUAAGAGCGAGAGAGAGAAUGGGGGAGAGAGAGGAGACUCCAUUGAAGUCACCACACUUUGUGCUCAUCCAUGGCAUAAGUGGAGGAAGUUGGUGUUGGUACAAGCUGAAAAGCAUGAUGUACAACUCUGGAUACAUGGUGACUUGCAUAGACCUCAAAGGGGCAGGCAUACAUCCGUCUGACCCUAACACAAUCCUCUCCUUUGAUGAAUACAACGAGCCUCUCCUUCAUUUCUUAUCUUCCUUGCCUCCACAUCAAAAGGUGAUCCUAGUGGGACAUAGUGCCGGGGGAUUAAGCGUGACACAAGCAACUCACAAAUUCCCGAAUAAGAUCAGUCUCGCGGUAUAUGUUGCAGCAACCAUGCUUAAAAAUGGUGUUUUAACAGAGCAAGACAUUAAAGAUGGAGUUCCUGAUUUAUCCGAGUAUGGUGAUGCUUAUGACUUGGAAUUUGGGUUGGGCGUGAAUCAGCCUCCUACGAGUGCAACUAUAAAAAAAGAGCUACAACGUAAAAUCCUAUAUCAAAUGAGCCCUCCAGAGGAUUAUACAUUAGCUUCGAUGCUAUUAAGACCAGGGCCCAUUUGUGCAUUACUAAAUGCUCAAUUUCCAGAAGUUAAUGAAUGUGUAGAAAAGGUGCCAAGGGUAUACAUUAAGACAAUGUAUGAUAGAGUAGUGAAGCCAGAACAACAAGACAACAUGAUCGCAAAAUGGCCACCUUCACAUGUUUAUAGUUUGGAGAGUGAUCACAGCCCUAAUUUCUCAAGUCCUUUUGCAUUGUUUGGGUUAUUGGUUAAGGUUGCGGCUUCAAUUAGUUGUACCUAGAAGAUUUUGGUUUAGUUAGGCUUGAUUUUGUGUGGUUAAAAGAUAUCAUAAAGAUCCAACAAUUUAUUAUGACGUUAUUUAUUUUGCUUGAUAAUAUGGAAGAAAAAAAAACACAAUAAACGGUUUAUAAGUUACUUUGGUUUUGAGCUUG